AUAUAUUCAUUUAGUGAAAACACUAUGUAUCCAUAAGUUUUUACUCUCAAAAGAGUUCACUUUCACUAUUGCCAAGCUCCCAUAGCCAUCAAAAGAACUUUACUCAAAAUAUAUCCAAGAAGUUACAUGGUGCUGCUUUUCAGACAGUACUCCUGAAAGUAUAAAGCCAUUCGAGGCUACUUUGUUAAGGGUACCACUAAUUCGUCCUGGAGUUUAGACCAUGACCAACGUCUCAAUCUCCAAAAAUGAUAUUUCUAGUGAUUUCCAGGAUGAUCAGUUUCAUCUUAAAGGAUAUGAGAGAAGUGAAUUAGUGGUCAAUGGCAUUGAAGAAGAUUGUGUAGAUAUUGAUUCUCUUUACUCCAUUUGUGGCCUUAACAAUGAAGAGAAUACAUCUGAUGAACAAGUUAGAAGCAACUUAUUGGAAGAUCAGCAACAAAGUCUAUCAGAUUGGACGCAAAAUCAUUUCCCCACCAACACAGUCAUGCCCUUGCAACCGGUCCAAAUCCAAUCCACUAUUGAAGCACCAAAGAAUGAUGAUUUCCGGCCUCAAGUACCAGAACCUGGCAACUCUAGCAAUGAAAAACCAAAGCCGUUUUCAUUAGCAUCUUUGGAGCUACUGAGCAAUUAUGGCAGACUGAGCAAGAAAUCGAGCGAGGAAAACUUGAGCUCUAAUGCACUAAGUUGUGAGGCUCACUUAGGUAACAGCAACAAAUUGCCAAUGGAAGAGAUCUUGAGGGCUGCUGGAGAAAGGUACAUACAGUACUCCACCCAAAGGCUAGAUGGUCUUUCUAUGUUUAUCCACCCUUAUGGUUCGGCACUCUCAGGCCUUUGUAUGGAGGAAACAAGGGACGUGGAACUUGUCCACCUCCUCCUAGCUGCAGCAGAAGAAGUGAAUAAUCAGCAAUUCCAUCUAGCUAGCAAAUUGAUUUCUCGUUGUAUGAGGGUGGCAUCUGAUUCAGGUAAUCCAGUCCAGAGACUUUCUUUCUAUUUUGCUAAAGCUUUAGAAGAAAGGAUUGAUCGAUCAACUGGAAGAUACACAUGUACGGAUGAAGAUCGCCACCUCAAGUAUAUAAAAACUAUGUCAUUAGGUACCAACUCUGCAUUCUUGACUUGCCACCAACUAAUUCCCUUCAGUCAAGUGAUGCAAUUUGCUGGAGUUCAAACAAUUGUUGAAAAUGUCAGAAGCGCAAAAAAGAUCCAUUUGAUUGAUUUUAAUAUCAGAAGUGGAAUUCAGUGGAUAGUCUUGAUACAAGCUCUUGCAGAAAAAGGUGACAGUCCAAUUGAACUUCUUAAGAUAACUGCAGUUGGAAGCACAGAAAAAGAGAACUUUGAAGUAACAAGCAACACAUUACACAGUUUUGCCAAGUCCUUAGGUCUUUCAUUUUCAUUUGAUAUAGUUUUUGUCUCGGGCAUGAAAGAUUUCAAGAAAGAGUCAGUCAAUAUUAAAACAGAUGAGACUGUGGCUGUUUAUUGUAACUCUAUACUAAGGACAAUGCUACUAAGACCAGAUUGUUUGGAUAAUUUGAUGAAAGUAGUCAGAAGUAUUGGACCAACAAUUAUUGUUGUUGGCGAAGUUGAAGCAAACCAUAAUUCACCAUCAUUUUUAAACCGCUUUAUUGAGACACUUUACUUUUACAGUGCAUUUUUUGAUUGCUUCGAGGACUGCAUGGAUCGAGGCAGUCCAUGUCGAACAACGAUUGAAGGGGUGUAUUUUGGUGAAGGUAUUCGGAACAUCGUGGCGGCUGAAGGUGAGGACAGGUUCACCAGGAAUGUGAAGCUUGAAGUAUGGAGAGCAUUCUUUGCAAGGUUUGGUAUGGUGGAAGAAGAGCUUAGUGAGUCAGCUUGGUAUCAAGCUCAUCUGAUUCUCAAGCAAUUUGCACAAGGCAGUUCUUGUGAUCUUCAAAAGGAUGGGAAAGGCCUCAUUAUUGGGUGGAAGGGAACACCAAUUCAUUCCCUAUCCAUUUGGAAGUUCUUGUAAGAAAACAAUUUGCCUUAUUGAGGAAACAAAUAGGAUGCUUACUUGCUCAGUUCAGUUG